GCUGGUGAGGUGGCCGGUGCCCGGCAGCUGGGUACCUCUGCCUUCAGCUCCCAGAUGGCAGGACGUGCGUCCCCGAAGAGCCCCUGAUGCCCCCUAUGGACUGGGAGGCACUGGAGAAGAAUCUGGCUGGGCUGCAGUUCCGGGAGCAGGAGGUACCGAACCAGGGCCAGGCGAGGACCAACUCCACCUCCGCACAGAAAAAUGAGAGAGAGUCUAUCAGACAGAAGUUGGCACUUGGAAGCUUCUUUGAUGAUGGCCCAGGAAUUUAUACCAGCUGUAGCAAAAGUGGGAAGCCAAGCCUUUCCUCCCAACUGCAGAGUGGGAUGAACCUGCAGAUAUGCUUUGUCAACGACAGUGGCAGUGAUAAGGACAGUGAUGCUGAUGACAGUAAGACUGAAACCAGCUUGGACACCUCCUUGUCCCCCAUGAGCAAACAAAGUUCUUCCUAUUCUGAUAGAGACACUACUGAAGAGGAAUCUGAAUCCUUGGAUGACAUGGACUUCCUCACAAGGCAAAAGAAAUUGCAAGCUGAAGCCAAAAUGGCCCUCGCCAUGGCCAAACCAAUGGCCAAAAUGCAAGUAGAAGUGGAAAAACAGAACAGGAAAAAGUCUCCCGUCGCUGAUCUUCUGCCACACAUGCCUCAUAUAAGGGAAUGCUUGAUGAAAAGAAGUUUAAAACCCACUGACCUGAGAGACAUGACUAUUGGGCAGCUACAAGUGAUAGUCAAUGAUCUCCAUUCCCAGAUAGAAAGCUUGAAUGAAGAGUUGGUCCAGCUGCUUCUCAUCCGAGAUGAGCUGCACACAGAGCAAGACGCCAUGCUGGUGGACAUCGAAGACUUGACCAGACAUGCUGAAAGUCAGCAGAAGCACAUGGCAGAGAAAAUGCCGGCAAAGUGAAAUGAAGCCAUCCAAUCAGAGAACAAGCUAGAAUUUAUUUUGCUUCUGUGGUUGUAAAAAUGCUGUUGCUAAGGGUGGCACAGAAACAAAUAUCAGUGUUAGUCAUUGAUAAUGUCUGAAGCUCAACGUCCAGUGAUUGGCCUUUGCUUCUUAAUUUAUUUUAAUUUUUUACUUGUGCCACUUAAUAUCAGGCAUUUUAAUAAAAUAUUGUUACAAAAAUGUACAGUACUUACACCAUCACAAAUCAUGGUUAAUCAAAGAGAGUAGUUUUAACUUUAUUUUUAUUUGUUUACAGAUUUUAAGUUGGAACAGUAUUUUCCCAUUGACUACUUUCAUUCUUCGCUGUAGUUUUAAAGAAGAACUGUAAAUGACGGUGCUAUACAAGUCAAAAAAUACAUGCCUGCCUCGUAGUGACGUUGUAGUUCUCCGUAAUAUGUAUAUUUUAAUCAGUUUUCAACAUUUUGUGAAUGUUUACUACCUGACGUUCAUUUUUAGAUGUGCUAUUAACAUUCUGUUGGAUUCAGAGGGUUCCUUGAAAGUUUUAUGUAUAACUAUGUAAAAUAAAAAUUAAAACUUUGUUUCA